CCCAAGGGUUGAGAACCACUGCAUUAAGUAGAUCUGAAAAGUCUGAGGUUUUCCACAUUUGCUCAGUCUGAAGGUCUAACAUAGAAUAGUCCUAUAAGUGAAGAUAUCAUCGAGCCAUGAGGAGAGGCAGAUCCAGAACUAAAAGGACUGCAGACUUGCUUUAAAAAACUAAAAGACAAGCAUUCAGCUUUCUGUUGCUUUCUGGGCAAACAAAUCCAAACUGCUUCCACUGCUACUGUGAUACUCAAAACUUCCCACAAAAAAGGAGGAUUGAAUUGUAGCAAAGGGCAAAACAAGACUGGAAGGAGGGCGCCAUCGCUCUGAAGUCCUGGCUGGCAGUCUGCGGGUCCCAAAGGGCUGGGUGAAGAGCAAGGCAGGUGGGAGGAGUGAAUGCAUCCCCCUGUGAAAGCCCCGCUCCCGCUGUGCGCCGCAGAGACUACUCCACCUCCAGCAAGAAGUGUUUGUAUAUUUUAAGGGAGGGGGUAGGAACUCCUCAAACUCUGAGAGACGCCCCUCGGAGAAGCGUCUUCCAAGGGAAUUGCUGCCAGGAGUCUUCUGCCUCUCCAAAACGAAGAAGAGAAGUCGGAAAGUUUCCCCGCAUUUUUUGUAUAUUUUAAUUUUUUUUUUACUAUUUAUUGACUUUUGUGCUUGCGGGUUUAGUGGUCAACGCGAACUCAGCUGGAUAGAGGAACUCCGUGAUUCUGCUUCAGAGUUGGAAAGUGAAUUGCAAAGCCGCCUACCAGCCUUGCAAAAUGUCCUGGAGGCAAAACGCCAGAUUUAUCAUAACAAUGACUCUGGCUUUCCAGGCUAUUUCUUUUGGAAAAGGUUCUGUACAAGAAGUGGAUAGACAUAAUAAUGGAGAACAUCCGGAUACCACGCUCCAAAAGCACUACACAAAACACCAACUUGCCACAUUAAAUGUCAUCAAUGAUAUGAAUCAGAGCUAUGAAAGCAGAAAACAAAUGAACUCUAAGCCACUGGUGCCUUUCACAGGUCUUACACGGAGUCGAACCUUGAAUCGGCACUGCUGCCAAAAUGGAGGGACUUGUAUCCUGGGCAGCUUUUGUGCCUGUCCCAAACACUUCAUUGGCAGAUACUGCGAAUACGAUGAACGGAAGAGCAAUUGUGGCCCAUUCAAGCAUGGAGAAUGGAUGCGGAAAGGUUGCCAGCUGUGCCGAUGUGGUUACGGUAUACUACAUUGUUUACCUGAGCAUAUAACGAAUUGUGUUGUAACAGAGGAAGAGGAAUUUAUCUAUUUACCUUCAAAUUGUCCAAGACUACAGCAAACAAUGAGCUUUCUUAUGCUCCUGCUGGGUGGUUUCUUCACAUUGUUCUGCACAAAGCUCAUCCAUCAGCUGUGAAGUCACUUAUUCAGAUCUGGAGUCCUACCGGAUAGUUUGCCUUAUUAUAAAGUUUGUCCUUGGAAGACUGUAGACUAAAACAAAAGACAUUUUCUGACUCUGUUUUUCUAUUUAUUUACCUGUUCAACAGGAUUUUUAAAAAUAUUUUUUUAAAAACAUAUUUUAAACUCUCCGUUCUAGCACCACAGUAAAUCCUAGUAUUGAUGAUUCCCUCACUUCUGUUGUGUCCCCGUUCUCAUAUAAAAACAAGAAAAAUACCAUAAGUGAAGGGAAAAUGAUGGAUACAAGGAUUUUUUUCCUGGGGAUAUGGAAACUACAUCAGUGAAGAAUAAGCUGCUCUGGGUUCAGAAGGACAGCAGUAGAAGUCACUCUGGACCCUAGGAAUUAUUCCCAGAUGCAUUUGGUUUCCUAGGAUUGCUGAGAAAAGGGUACAAUGACCCAUAGUGAAAUCAUUCCUUUUAAAGUGCAAUUUUUAUAGUAUCAAGUGGCUGUUUCGGUAUUCAUCCAGUGGUAAAGUAUUAGUAAAAUGCUUGACCAUGAAAAAAGCACUAUAUUGCAAAAACGCUCAUGCUUGUACUUCUGUUUGAAUCUGAUUUAAGCAGUUCUUUAUGUCUUGAUUGAAAUGUUGACUCUUCCAGUGGAAGAUAAUGCUAUGCUAUAUGUAUCCUAUGAUUUAAAUAUAUUAAAAUAAUAAUUUACAUUCA